GCCGGUGCUCGUGCCUUCUCGUCUUUGGCAUCCAAUUCUACUUUCCGAUCCUCUUUGUCUUCCUACGCUUGCCUCUCGAUCCAUCCUCUUUGAAACUUCCUUUUUUUCACAAUUUCAUUCGUUUCGUUUCUCCCAAGUUGUUUGUCACAAAAGCAAGUUCUUUUACCUUUUUCUUUCUUCUUCUUCUUCUUCUUCUUCUUUUUUUUUUUUUUCUGACCAACUAAAGAAAAUCUCUAUGUCACCUAUGCUAUUCUCACCAUUUGAUCCAUUUGCUAGUGGAUCAUCUCUGUGAAGCUUCUAUUUAUAUUUCACCGCUUCAUUUUGUUUCGUUUCUUCCGAAUUGUUUUGCCCAUCAUUUCUGAAAAUUUCUUGCCCAAAAAAAAAAAAAAAGAGAACCCAGGACCUUUCAAAUUCACUUUGAUUCUGUCCAAUUAAACAAACCUCUUUAUCUCACUUGUGCUAUUCUCACCAUUUCAUUCAUUUGGUGGUUCUUUUCUUGUCUCUGUUCUUCUGUUAUCUGUGUAUUGUUUUGUGUCUGUUUUCCAAUAAUCGAAAAAAAAAAGUGGAAAAUGGCGGGCACCGAAGUUGGUAUUGCUAUUGCUGGCAAUGUUGCUGGCAAAGUUGCAGAGAACCUGCUGGUUGAUCGAAUUUUCAAUCCAAUCUGGAACAGAAUAGCUCGUGUGUUCAAAUGGAAGACUAAUUUAAAGAAUCUGAAGAAAGAAGUUAAGAAGCUGGAGGAUGAAAUAGAGAGUGUGCGGGAAUUUAUGGAAGCUGCUGACAGAAAAGGGGAAAAGGCCGGGCGGAAGGUCGAGAGUUGGCUGACUGAUGCAGAGAAGUACAUUGGAGAGAUGAAGAAGUCAGAGGAUGAUGAAGAUAAAGCCAAGAAGAAGUGUUUCCUAGGGGUCUGUCCUAAUCCCAGGGCACGUUACCACAUCAGCAAGAAAGUAGAGGAGUAUUUGGUGGCUGUUACUCAACUCCUACAAGAAGCUGACAAAUUCAAGAUCCCAGAUUCCUACUGUCCUCCAAAGCCUACAGCACCAGUUAAUAAAGGUUUUGAGGACUUUGGGUCAAGAACGCCUGAUUUGGACCGUAUUAUGGAGGCCUUGAGAAGGGCUGGCACUGACAAGAUAGGUGUUUAUGGGAUGCCUGGCGUCGGAAAGACCAUGUUAGCAAAAGAAGUUGCCAGACGAGCUGAGGAAGCCUAUUUAUUUGAUUCAAUUGUAUUGGCUUCUGUGACAAAGGAUGCGGACUUGAAAAGAAUUCAAGGAGAAAUUGCUGACAAGUUAGAUCUACAGCUUCAUGGGGAGACUGAAUUUGGGAGAGCAAAUCAACUAAAGGAUUAUCUGAAGAAAAAGAAGAGGAUUCUUGUGAUUUUAGAUGACAUCUGGUCGAGGCUAGAUUUGGAUGAACUUGGAAUUCCUUUUGAAGAGAUGAAGAAUGAGGCAUGGUUAAAAAAGAAAGAGGCAAGUUCAAUUGGUGAAGAACAGAUGCAAUGCAAGAUUCUCUGCGUAUCUCGAUUUCCCAAUGUCUUAUCAGAUGACAUGGAUACUAAUCAAAAUUUUGAUGUUCGCCCAUUGCGAGAUGAAGAAGCAUGGGACCUCUUGAAGAAGAUAGUUGGUGAUGAAAUUGAAAAUUCUGGCUUGCAGCUCACAGCAAGGGAGAUUGCCAAAGAAUGUGCUGGGCUACCACUAGCCAUUCAAUCUCUUGGCAAGGCUUUGAGACGAAAGGGAUCUUAUGAAUGGAAGGAUGCUCUGCUACGACUGCAAACGCCCUCUCCAGAGAACUUCAUGGGGAUCUCUGCAAAUGUUUAUUCUGCAAUUGAAUUGAGUUACAACUACUUAGAAGGAGAAGAAUUAAAGCAAACUUUCUUGCUUUGUAGUUUGCUUGGACAGAGUGCUUAUGUAGAAGACUUGCUAACAUAUGGCAUUGCUUUGGGCUUAUUUCAGAAUGUCAAGACAAUCGGACAAGCACGAGACAGGGUACUAACAUGGGUUAGUAAGCUAAAAUCUUGUUCUUUGUUGCUUGAUGAUUGUAGUGAUACUCACAUUAAUAUGCAUGAUAUUGUUCUUGGUGUCGCCAUAUCAAUUGCCUCAAGGGACUACCAUGUGUUAUCAUUGAUAGAUGACAAUGUACCCAAAAAGUGGUCGGAGAGGGAGGCAAUGGGAGAUAUCAAAUGGAUUAGUCUACAAUAUGCUAAUGGUAGUGAGCUGCCCAACGAGUUGGAUUGUCCACAACUUAACUUAUUCUCUUUACGUAGCAAGGAUCCUUCUGUGAAAAUUCCAGAAAAGUUUUUUCAGGGAAUGCCAAAUCUCAGAGUCUUGAAUUUCACUAAGUUGCAUUUGUCAUCCUUGCCUUCAUCAAUUUGCCUCCUAAAACAUCUUCAUACAUUACAUAUUAGUGAAAGUAUUCUACAAAACAUAGCUUUCAUUGGAGAGCUUGUGAGUUUGGAGGUCCUAAACCUUUCAGGGUGUGAUCUUGAAGAGCUACCAAUGCAGAUUGGACAGCUAACCCAGCUGAAGUUGUUAAAUUUGAGUGAUUGUACCAAACUCAAAUUGAUUCCACCACUCAUCCUAGCAAGUUUAUCCAAACUUGAAGCUCUGCACCUGGGAAACAGCUUCAAUCAAUGGGACACCGCAAAUCAAGGAAAUGCAAGCCUUGUCGAGUUGAAGAAUUUACAUAACCUUGCUGCUUUAGAUUUGCAUGCAUGUGAUGUUCAGCUUGUUCCAGAAGACUUGUUCUCUGAAAGACUGAAAAGAUACAAGAUCUUCAUUGGAGAAGUGUGGAACUGCUGGGACACUUCUUUCAGAAGCUCAAAAAUAUUGAAAUUGGAGCUGAAUACAAGUAUUAGUUAUGAGCAUUCUAUUUGCAUGUUGAUGAAGAGAACAGACGAAUUACAUCUAGAGAAUCUGAAGGGUAUCAAGAAUAUAGUUUCUGAGUUAGAUGCUGAAGGUUUUCAGGAACUGAAGUUUCUUUAUGUCCAAAAUGCUCAUGAGAUUCAGCAUAUCAUUAACUCAGUGGGACAAAUUCCUUCCCAUGCAUUUUCCUCCUUAGAAGUACUAUUUCUUCAAAAUUUAAAGAAUAUGGUGGAGAUAUGUCAUGGUCGACUUGGAGAAACAUCUUUCAAACGAUUAAGAACUAUAACGGUUGAAAGUUGUAAGCAGCUCAAGAGUCUGUUCCCAUUCUCCAUAGCUAGACGGCUUCUCCAACUUGAAGAAAUUAGAGUAACAGAUUGCAGUAACAUGUUAGAGUUUGUUAAAGAGGAGAGGCAAGGUGCCACUAAUGAUAUUGAUAUUGCAGAAGAAGAUCAAAAUUUUGAACUUGCCCAGCUACGGUCCUUGCAAUUGCAGUGUUUGCCAAAGUUCAUUAGAUUAUGCCAUGGAAAUGAGGAAACAAAUGAUUCAAGUUCCAGGCCUGCACCACUUUUCAAUGAAAAGAUAAACCCUAAACAGAUUAACUGAUAGGAACUCUGGAGAUCUAGCUAUCAAUCAGCUAGGUGUUAUAAGGCAAUGUUUGGUUAGUAGCAGUGGCAUUUUGUGGUGAAAUCAUAAAAGCAAGUUAAAUUU